AAUUACCUUAUUUUGAAGAAAUUUAAUCUCUGAAUUGUCUAAAGUUGCUGUAUUUAUCAUAAUCUAAAAAAUAUUUUGAAACUCAAGUAUUUUUUAAGAUAUGUAACCAUUGAGUUAUUCUUAAACCUAAAGAGUUGAGAAAGUAUGGAAGGGGAUGUGGAAAAAGCAAUAUCUUUCUUGAAAGAUGUGAGGCACAAGUGUGAAGAUGUUACAUCCCAUAUUAAAAAUAUAGUCAACAAAGUUGAAAAUGGAGAUCUUAAUACAUCAAAGGGCAUUAGCUUCUUGGAGGUGAAGUACCAGCUUUUAUUGAGUUAUCUAACAAACCUUACAUAUGUAAUGCUGAAGAAGACACACGGGCAGGCAAUAGAAGGUGACGAGUCUAUAGAGAGACUGGUAGAGAUAAGAACAGUUUUAGAGAAGAUGCGACCAAUAGAUCAGAAGCUGAAAUACCAGGUGGACAAAGUAAUUGCUAUAGCAGCCACAGGUGGUCAAGAUUCCAAUGAUCCUAUGAGAUUUAAGGCAAAUCCAGAUGGUUUGGAAAGCAAGAUUGAGAGUGAUGGAUCAGAGAGUGGUAGUGAUGUAGAGGAGGAUGGAGAAGAAAAGUCCAGUAAAUUGUAUAGACCACCAAAAUUAUCUGCUGUUCAUUAUGAUGGAGAUGAAAGUCAUACCAGUAAGAAAGAUAAACAGAUGGAGAGUCUGAGAAAACGUGCACUCAACAGUGAUAUACUUCAAGAUCUUAAAGACCAGUAUUAUGAUGGACCUCAAGAGAUUAGGGAAAACAGAGAUCUACACAGAAUGAAAGUAGACAAAAAGACAAAAGAAAAAACAAGAUAUGAAGAGGAGCAUUUUGUGAGAUUGAACACAACAAAAAAGGACAAACAUUCACAGCAAAGGAUGGCUACAAUUUCUUCAUUGAACAGUUUGACUCAUUUUAACAGUAUAUCAGCGUUAGAUAUAGACGAAGGACAGUCAGGGGACUUACCAGCUAAAAGAAGAAAAGUUGAAAAGGGUAAAGGUGGCAAGAAAGGAAAGAAAGGUUUCAAGAAAAAGAGAAGGCGAUAGAAUGGUAGAGUUGAGAUGUAGUGAAUUAUUUGUUCAAGUAAAACAUUAUUAUAAAAUAUAUGGUACACUUGA